AUGUCCAAGUCUCGGAGCUCGACAGUCCGCCAGCCGGCGUGUAGUAACGCGGAGGGGCCGUGUGGCAUGUGCCCCUCCUGUCUCUUCUCCAGCCCCAGACCGAGCCAGCCCACGCCGCUGCUGGACCUGUGGAAGAUUACGGACGAGUCCCGCCGGAGCUUCGUCGUGGGUCUGGUGGUGCGGUGCAGGAGCGUGCCGGUCCUGGAGAACAUCCAGAGCUCGCUGCGCCUCACCUCGUGGAACUUGCUCAACUACGCUCCGUCCAAGGGCAAGACGCUGCCGGAGCUUUACGCGCGGCUCAACCGCAAGACGCGGCCGUCGCUCCUGAUCCGGGAGAUAUGGGAGUGGUACGACGGCAGCCCGGAAUGGGUUCAGACGCGCUACCUUUGCCUGCUGCUGCUGCGCUGCGACCCGGAGCUGCUGAGCAUGGCCAAGCAUCUCAUCGGCGUGGUGGUCACCAGGCUCCAGCGACAACUGGACGUCCCUCCCUCGAGGUCUUCAUUCGGACUCGGCAGACCCCGAGACUUCAUCGGCGGCCUUCCCGCCGAACUCUCAAAGAGGAUUCUGGGGCUGCUUGACGAGGCGACGCUGAAGCGCUGCAUGAAGGUGUGCAAGGACUGGAGGCACCUAGCAGGAGAGACCAUGGAGGAGAUGCGCUUCAGGAGGCUCUACCAGGAGCAGGUGGAGGCGAUGAUGAAGCGUUACAAAGGCGUUCAUAUGGUGAGUCCUUCAUACGCCAGGAUGGUGGACGUCGCGGUGCCGGCCAAGCGCCACGAGAGUGGGGAAGUGAAGUCGACAGACCUAUGGCCCUUUGAAGAAGCCUACGCCAACAUCAGAACCAGAACUGUGCGGAUGGAGGAGCGCAACAUUUACUGUGGCGCAUAUUUUACCUCUGUUCUGAUAGACGAUGAAGACCCUCAUCGCGUGGUGGACUACAAGGGCGGGCCCCUGCUGAGCACUGCGUCCAAGGAUCGCGCCGUGCGCCUACUGUACGUUGCGACGGCGGCCAAACACGUGGCACUGAUGAAGGGCCACGUGGGCAGCAUCCGCGUUGUCCUGCUCUGCCCCGAGCGCGACCUUGUCAUCACGGCCAGCUGCGACUCCAGCAUCAGGUGUUGGAGCGUGAGGACGGACCAGUGUGUGUUGGUGCUAUAUGGUCACUCCAGCAUGAUCAACUGCCUCGACAUUCACGCCGAUAGACUGGUGUCCGGGGCCAAAGACUGCACCGCCAAAGUGUGGAGUCUGCAGACUGAAAAGCACCUGGAGGACUUUAACUUCAAGCACCGCAGUUCUGUGCGUUGCGUGAAGAUCAACGCCACUGCUGUGUUCAGUAGCUGCGACAGAGGAGUUGUCAAACUGUGGGACGCCGAGAAUGCUUCGCUGCUCAGGGUGAUCGACGCCCACGGCAGUGCUGUGCGAUGCAUGUUUGUGGACGAGUGGCACCUUCUGACAGCUGACACCAAUGGUCAGGUGAUGGCCUGGAGCAGCAGAUGCGAAACCAAAGGAUGCCUCAUGACCUUCAGUCAUCCAAAGGAGGUCAAGUCUCUGACGCUGGCUUACCUUCGAGUGGUCACCGGCUGCGUGGACGGAAAGAUCCGCAUCUUCAACUUCCUGACGGGAGACUGCCUAAGGACCAUCCUGGUGGAGGCGGAGACCACCGGUCGCAUGCUGUCGCUGCAUUUUUGCGAGAACAACAUUUUAGUCAACGCCACUUCCUGUGUGAAGCUCUACCAGUUUGCCAAAGUCUUCUGGGAUUAUGACGAACCGGCGGACAAGGCAAGCAACGGUGUGGACGGUGGUGAGGCAUCCAAACAGGAGCCUCCCUCCAACUCUGCCAGGGCGAGUCAUAUGGAACAAGUCGCACAGCAUUGGAAAAGCCUCCUUCACCCUUUGACGCCCGACGCCGGCCAGCGAACGCGCCGCAUGGACAAGCUCAGCAGCCCACACUCGGAGAAAAGCUUGCUUCACUGCCACCGCCGCAGGCCCUUGACAUCUCAACCCGCCCCCCCGCAGGCUCCCACUGACUCGUGUAUAUCCCAGCAUGCCUCGCCACCUCUCGACCUUCCACAACAGCCGCCUGGCGAGAUGAAGACGCAGAGGGCCGACAAACGGGUCAACAAAGUCGAUCCAGCGAUGCGGGAUAUUGGCCACACAAGUUUGCUCAUCGUUUACUCACUAACAUUUUACGCCAUCUGCGCCCGCCGCCGUCGUUCCCGCGCCCCGCCCGCCGCCUCGUGA